AUGAACAUUCGGCAGCGCAAGUCGGAGCGGCACAAAGAGGCGCUGCGGAAACUCAGCCAAAUUGGAGGCAACAAGAGCUGCUUUGAUUGCGGCAUGCGAGGUCCUCUCUACGUGGUGUCGGAUUUCGGCAUUCUUGUGUGCUCCGGCUGCAGCGCUGUGCACCGCUCCUUCCAGCACAAAGUAAAGGGAAUCACAAUGAGUGAAUUUACGGACGACGAGAUCGCUCGUUUCGCUGUUUCCGGCAAUGACCGAGCCCGCAAUGUGUGGCUCAGCACCUUUCGCGAUCAGCUCCCCCGCCCCGGUGAUGUGAUAGCGCUGAAAACCCAUGUGCGCAGCAUUUUUGAAGAGCGGCGGUGUUGGAAUGCGCAGGAGUUCUCUGCCUUGCAAAAGUUGUGGGAUCACCCAAAUGAGCCACCUUCACAGGUGCCACCGCCCUUGUCCAUGACGAGACCUACGGCGUUCUCCCUCGCACCAGCUCGAGAGGUGCCCACGGCUCAGCCCGGACCCGUCUCUGCUGCGACGGCUCCCGCGCCACCUAGUUCAGCAGCAGCACCACCAACAUCGAGUGCCCCGGCCCCAUCCGUGCGGCCACCGCAAGACGACAUCUUCGAUUGCCUUUUCGCAGCACCUGUACAAUCUCCGUCGGAGCCUCAACCUACAGCACAUGCUGCAGUAGCCACAGCAUCACCAAUGACUGCGUCACACGCCCCUAUUCCGCCAGCACGGCACCAGCCCGCAACAGUGACCAGUAUCGUAGGUGACCUGUUUGCCGGAGUGCCGCCACCAGUGGUGCAGCCAGCAGGCGGAUAUAGCGCCCUUUAUCCACAGAAACCACAACAACAGCAGCAGUCGAUGGACUUCCCUGUUCAUGGCACCAGGUGCAACUUCACUCAAGGUCCUCCGAGCAACAUAAUGACACCGCCUCCGCUACAGUCCUCACAACUGCCUUACCAGCAGCAACAGCCACAGCAGGAUAUGAUCGUGUUCAGCACUUCUGGGGCAGCGGCCCCGUACUCUGCGCCCGCUCAGUCACACAACCACAACCUCAACAGCGUCACACCAAGCACCACCGUCUACCCCUCCGCGUCCGGUGCCGCACCCCAGGCCUACCAGCCAUCACCUUUUUCAAGCAAUCCGCCGCCUCAGCAGGAAGGGUGGAGUGCACCCUCCUUCUCCAGUGCGUCACCAAGCUCGAACAUUAAUCGCAUUGUCGUCUUGUCAGUUACGAAGCAGCAGAAUGACAGAUCGCAGAACUCCCAGUCGAAGUGA